UCAGAAGAGUGAAAAUAUAAUCCCCCCCUUUCUCUUACUUCCUCAAAACCCCAUUCUUUAAACCUCACUACCACUCGUCUUCUCUGCUCAGAUUUAAUUGUAAACAGCAGAAGCUACCAUGGAUGAUAAUCUUUACGAUGAGUUUGGAAACUACAUUGGUCCGGAAAUUGAGUCUGACCAAGAAAGUGACCGCGAUGAGGAAGAUGAUGAUGAUCUUCAGGACAAACAUCACGAGGAUCGUGGUGAUGUGAUGUCGGAUGGUGACGAGGGAGUUAAUGGUUUAAAUGGCUGGCUUACUACUAAUAAUGAUGUCGAUAUGGAUAAUCAAAUUGUUCUGGCUGAGGAUAAGAAGUAUUAUCCCACUGCUGAAGAGGUUUACGGUGAAGAUGUGGAAGCUUUGGUAAUGGAUGAAGAUGAGCAGACGCUUGAGCAACCGAUUAUUAAGCCUGUUAGGAAUAUUAAGUUUGAGGUUGGGGUUAAGGAUUCUUCCACUUAUGUUUCUAGUCAGUUUCUUGUUGGUUUAAUGUCCAAUCCUUCUUUGGUUCGUAAUGUUGCUCUUGUGGGUAAUUUACAACAUGGGAAGACGAUGUUUAUGGAUAUGUUGGUUGAACAAACGCAUCAUAUGCCUACUUUUGAUGCUAUGAGUGAGAAGCAUACAAGGUACACUGAUACAAGGAUUGACGAACAAGAACGGAGGAUAUCUAUAAAGGCAGUUCCAAUGUCUCUUGUUCUUGAAGAUAGUAAUUCAAAGUCAUACCUUUGUAACAUUAUGGAUACCCCUGGUCAUGUUAACUUUUCCGAUGAAAUGACUGCUGCUCUUAGGCUUGCUGAUGGUGCUGUCUUGGUCGUGGAUGCAGCAGAAGGAGUUAUGGUAAAUACAGAGAGGGCCAUACGCCACGCAAUCCAGGAUCGCCUGCCUAUUGUAGUAGUUAUCAACAAGGUUGACAGGCUAAUCACAGAACUUAAGUUGCCUCCAAAGGAUGCUUACCAUAAGCUUAGACAUACUAUAGAAGUUAUCAAUAAUCACAUAAGUGCUGUCUCUUCAACUGCUGGAAAUGGGCAAGUUAUAGAUCCUGUAGCUGGGAACAUCUGUUUUGCAAGUGCUACGGCAGGGUGGUCCUUCACUUUACAUUCGUUUGCUAAACUAUAUCUCAAGCUCCAUGGCAUUCCAUUUGAUGCUGAUAAAUUUGCAUCUCGUCUUUGGGGAGAUUUCUAUUAUCAUCCAGAUACCAGGGCUUUCAAGAAAAAACCCCCUGCAAGUGGAGGGGAAAGAUCCUUUGUCCAAUUUGUGUUGGAACCUCUUUAUAAAAUAUAUAGUCAAGUGAUUGGAGAACAUAAGAAGAGUGUGGAGGCUACUCUUUCUGAGUUUGGUGUCACUCUUCCCAAUGCAGCUUAUAAAUUAAAUGUUAGGCCUUUGUUGAGGCUGGCGUGCAGCAGAGUUUUCGGUUCAGCCUCAGGCUUUGCUGAUAUGCUGGUUCAGCACAUACCUUCUGCUAAGAAUGCUGCAGCUAAGAAGGUUGAGCAUACAUACACAGGUCCUAAAGAUUCCAGGAUUUAUAAUGCAAUGACCAAUUGUGAUCCUUCGGGCCCCUUAAUGGUUAAUGUGACCAAACUGUAUCCCAAGUCCGAUUGCAGUUCCUUUGAUGCUUUUGGUAGGGUUUAUAGUGGUUCAAUUAUGACAGGGCAGUCUGUAAAAGUACUAGGAGAAGGUUAUUCACCAGAUGAUGAGGAGGACAUGACUGUAAAAGAAGUGACGAAAUUAUGGGUCUAUCAAGCUCGGUACAGGUUGCCUAUAAGUUCGGCUCCUCCUGGCUCUUGGGUUCUCAUCGAAGGUGUGGAUGCUUCAAUUAUGAAGACUGCAACACUCUGUAAUGUGAAUUAUAGCUAUGAAGAUGUCUACAUAUUCCGCCCUCUUCAGUUCAACACUCUUCCAGUAGUGAAAACUGCUACUGAGCCGCUCAAUCCAAGUGAGCUGCCAAAAAUGGUGGAGGGUUUAAGGAAGAUCAGUAAAAGCUAUCCUCUAGCCAUCACAAAGGUCGAGGAAUCUGGGGAGCACACUAUUCUUGGUACUGGAGAGUUAUAUUUGGAUUCCAUUAUGAAGGACCUUAGAGAGCUCUACUCUGAAGUAGAAGUCAAGGUAGCGGAUCCUGUUGUUUCGUUCUGUGAAACAGUGGUGGAGUCAUCAUCAAUGAAAUGUUUUGCUGAAACACCCAACAAGAAGAAUAAAAUAACAAUGAUUGCAGAGCCAUUGGAGAAAGGGCUUGCUGAAGACAUUGAGAAUGGUGUUGUAAGCAUCGACUGGAAUAGGAGAGCGCUUGGGGAUUUCUUUCAAACCAAGUAUAGCUGGGAUUUGCUUGCAGCGAGAUCAAUAUGGGCAUUUGGCCCCGAUAAGCUGGGGCCUAACAUUUUAUUGGAUGACACACUAUCAAGUGAGGUUGACAAAUCAUUACUGAAUGCUGUCAAGGAUUCCAUUGUUCAAGGUUUUCAGUGGGGUGCACGAGAAGGGCCGCUAUGUGAUGAACCAAUCAGAAACGUUAAGUUCAAAAUAGUUAAUGCGAGGAUUGCACAAUUGCCACUGGAUAGAGGGUCUGGUCAGAUUAUUCCCACAUCCCGUCGUGUCGCAUAUUCUUCGUUUCUGAUGGCAACCCCUCGUCUCAUGGAACCAGUAUAUUAUGUGGAGAUAGAAACACCAAUCGACUGUCUAUCUGCGAUAUACACUGUGCUAUCUCGCAGGCGUGGACACGUUACAGCAGAUGUUCCUCAGCCUGGAACUCCAGCUUACAUUGUGAAGGCUUUUAUACCUGUGAUAGAGUCCUUUGGUUUUGAGACAGACUUAAGGUACCAUACCCAAGGGCAAGCAUUUUGCCAAUCAGUGUUUGACCAUUGGGCUAUUGUCCCUGGGGACCCCCUCGACAAGAGCAUAGUUCUGCGGCCACUUGAACCAGCACCAAUCCAGCACCUUGCUCGUGAAUUUAUGGUGAAGACAAGGCGCCGUAAGGGAAUGAGUGAAGACGUCAGCAUAAACAAGUUCUUCGAUGAAGCUAUGGUGGUCGAGCUUGCACAGCAAGCAGCCGAUAUUCAUCAACAAAUGAUAUGAUUUUUCCUAUACGUGUGCACGCGUCGGUGCAGAAAUUCAUCGGAAAAGAUGCUGCAUAUCAUUUUCUUAGCACUUCCUGGAUCCGGAAUGAUCUUGCAGUCGGAUGUGAAAUCUUUAUCUGUUAAUUUAGAAUUAAUGCUAACCACCCUUCAACUUGUCAUCUAAUGAUUGUGAUAUGGAAGUUCUUUGGGAUUUACCGUGUUACACAGAUACCUGAAAGAACCGAACAGUUUUGGAUGUUAUUAUAUGUAGCUCUAUAUUCCUGCUUGUCAAAAUUUGUAGUACAUAAUAUUUACUUUAUUUUAGUUCCUUUAGUCCAAGAUUUUUGGACAGUGAA